CCAAAACCUCCUUUCACUCGCUCCGUUUGCAUAGUUUGUACAAGUACUCUACUCGUACAGUACGGUACUCAGCACCCGGUACGUACAUACGACCUCACACAGGAAAAAUUAACCACACCUCUUUCCCCCAACCUCUUUCCCCAACGUCGACCGUCGAGCGGAAACUUUCAGUAACCAACACCUCGACUUCGCAAAAAGUGUCGGGCUGAAGGAGACGGAGGUCACUUACGGUGAUCCUAGAAGCGUGAAUCGCUUCUCAUCGUGAAACUACCCCCUGCCGCACCUGUGUUCCGCCUUUUAUUGAAUACAUACCGCGCACUGUACACACCCUCUAUCCACGCACCCACCCCCCAUCGUCAUUUUAGCACUAUUCGACACCCCAAAGCCUCAUCUUCAACAAGCACGAUCUACCCUGUCUAUUCCAAUUCUCCUUCCGCCGUUCCAGGCCACGCUUCCCCCCCUUCUUCCCUCACCUUUUCUUUUCUCCUUCCGCCUCCUUUUAUCGGUCACAACCGGCUCGCUCUUUCGUCCCCGGCUCGCCGACUCCCUCGCUCCCCUUUCCCUUUCUCCUUUGUAGGAUUUUCAUGCAAUCCUACGCUUCCCUUCAUUCGCCAUCCGUAGGAAAAAUGCAAGGGCAGGAUCCAUCAAUGUCGCGGGGCAGGCCCUAUGGCACUUCUUCAUCUAGGCUCGAUUUUGGAAACAUUAUCGGUGAUCCGUUCGCUCUAUCUACCAUCUCGAUAGCUAUAAUAGGAUGGCUAGUAGGAUUUGUGUCUCAAGCAAUUGCUGAUGCCGACAAAGCAAUCCCCAAUUUUCCUAAGUUCGCCUGGUGGUCUAUUGUAUACGUAUUUUUCUGCAUAAUAGGUGUUAUAAUCGUUAUAUUAAUGGACUCUGUUCACAAAUAUCAGCUUGCGCUUGUGGGCUAUCUUUCGGCUGGGAUGGUAUUUACAUGUUCAGCAGCGAACACUCUUGUUUACACAGAUAGAGGUACUAUGCAGGCGGCGGGUGCUGGGCAUAUAAUUUUGUCCAUUGUUCAGAUUAUCUGGAUAUUCUAUUUCGGAUCCACUCCUGACGCUUCAUCUCAUGCGUAUGUGGACUCGUUCGCUCUUCACAAAGAUCAAAAGCGCUCGCAGAGUACGCGCCCCCUAUCGCCCGCCUACCAUGGAGGAGAUAGACCCCACACUAGCACCAGCAGUCACCAUGCUCCUCAGAUGUACACCAGUGCACAACUCAACGGAUUCGAAACGAGCUCGCCAGUACCUGGUCAAGCUGGUCCAGAUCACAGGCAGUCGGCAAACAGGCACGCAUCUCCUUCGGUUUCGACUCUGACACCCGGUCCAUCUGCUACACCUCAGCCACAAAGUCAAGGCGGACCACCAGAUUCAGAAGUUUCGGCACCCACAGAAUAUCCAUACAGAGCAAAAGCCAUCUACUCCUACGACGCGAAUCCAGAGGAUGCGAAUGAGAUAUCAUUCGCAAAGCAUGAGAUACUGGAGGUGUCUGACGUUUCAGGGCGAUGGUGGCAGGCAAGGAAACAGAACGGUGAAACGGGUAUCGCACCAUCAAACUAUUUGAUUCUGUUGUAAAAUUGAAAGAUGAAAGGAGCGGGGUCUUUUUUUUUUCUUCCUUUUUUGUCACAUUCUACCCGUUACGUUUUCUUCUUUCUAUUUGUUUUGCUUUCCGGCGCUGGCGAGGUACUAGUACAAUGGAGGUACAUGCAUGCACAUGCAAUUGGAAAGCGGAAUUUCUGUCUCGAAUUCUGAAAGGGGAGGAAGGGCUGUGAAUGGGAAUGCAAGAAAAGGACGGAUGGAACACAAUUAGAGAGAACAAGAGGAUCAACAUUAUAUCGACUUCUGGAGGUAAUUCUUUUUUAAAAUAAUCCUUCGCUUUUUAA